AUGACUGUAAGUAAUGAAGCGGUGGUGGUUGAUGACGGCGGUGUGGGCGUGCCGGCUAAGACUGUAAGACUGGCGGAGGUGCCUGGGGUCAGGAGGGGUCUGACCAAGAUGAUAGGACUGGCAGAAGCCCGGGGAGCACCAGCCACCCCAGACCCUGGUAUCAUCGUCGUCACCCCUAAGAUGCACUACUGUCCUUAUUGUGCCUUCACUACCUCCAUUACCAUCAAGCUUACAGAGCACCUCCGUAUCCACUCCAUUAAGAAACCCUUUCCAUGUCCUCACUGUCCUUUCCAGGCAGUGCAGGUGGAGAGCAUCAGGGCCCACAUUCGCACUCACACUGGGGAGAAGCCUUUUGCUUGUGCCCACUGCCCCUAUCGCUCCACUCAGAAAGGCAACAUGAAGCGACAUGUCCUCAAACAUCAUACAUUAAAUCUUGCAUUGUAG